CUCAUCAUAAACUCUUAGUCCAGUGUCGAUUAUCCACCAACGCAUCGCAAUGGCCUCUGCAGCAGUCCAGCUUCCUACCGGUCCUGACUCUUCUCUGCUCACCCAAAAGCCCCAACCUCCCAUCCAGACCUCUGACAAACCUCACCACGUCAAGACGAACUUGUACUUCAUCAAGGAGCUUCCGGACGGCUCGCAUCUGGCUCCCAGCUAUGUCGGGAAGCCCGAGAGCUACGAACGUCCCUCGGCGGAGCUCUCAGUAACUGUGCACGACGUGAGCGGCCGUGAGCUGGACUACACGCUUGACGGGAAUGGUUUCCAGUUCUAUUACCAUGAGAGCAAGGAGAAAGACUUCGUGGACGACGAGAAGAUCAAGAGAGAGUACUACCCUGAGGUGGAGCAGCUCCUAAAAGACGCAACUGGCGCAUCCAAAGUCUUCAUCUUCGACCAUACCAUCCGUCGUCCGGCCGAAGACCCUAAUACUCCGGCUGCGCAGCUCCGUGGACCCGUUCAGCGCGUUCACAUCGAUCAGUCCUACAACGCAUCCAAGAACCGCGUCACGUAUCAUCUUCCAGAUGAGGCGCCCGAGCUGCUCAAAGGGCGGUUCCAGAUCAUCAACGUCUGGCGUCCCAUCAAGACCAUCCUGAAGGAUCCUCUGGCCGUGGCCGAUGCGCACUCCGUGCCCGACAGCGACAUUAUUCCUGUUCCCCUGAUUUAUCCCAACCGGGAGGGCGAGACUUGUUCUGUUCGACCGAAUCCCGACAUCAAGUGGUACUACCGCUACGGGCAAACCCCCGACCUCGUCACUUUGAUCAAGUGUGCCGAUUCGAAGACCGACGGUCGCGCGAGGCGGGUUCCUCACACGGCGUUUGUGAACCCAGACACCGUCAACGAGGAGCCGAGGCAGAGUAUUGAGGUGCGCACGCUGGUCUUCCAUCCGGAGGAUCGCGACUAGAGGAUUGUGGCCUAUGAUGAGAGACGAGAAGACUUGCCAGUCAGCAUACAGAAUGACGCUGCCAUAGUAUUUCAUGACAUGAUAUUAUUAGUUGAUUGAUAGCGAAUGCACCUAUUUUGAUU